AUGGCUUCAAUUUGUCCGAAAGGGCUCGCCGGAUUUUCUACCUAUUUGAGUUUUGGAAAAUGGAAGGCGGGAUCUUCUGCUUCUUCUCUUGACGAACUUUCCAGUCGGUUUAGGGUUUAUCCAAUUGGAGCCGCUCGCCGGAUGAGCACGGCGGUCGACACCGUGAUUUCAGAUCCCACAGAACAAAAGAUUGCAUCUUUAGCAUCCCCUUGGUUGAUGCUGCCUCCCGUCUUCGAAGGCGGCACCAACGCCGCCCGAACCAUGCGUUACAAGUUCUACAGCCUCUCGGAAGACAGAGUGGUGUCUACAGCCGCGAAAAAGGAUUUCAUGGGAGACGUGAUGGAUAUUGUGGGCUCUUCUCACGGUUGGCUUUCCCUGCUCAACCCCAACACCCUAGACAUGUUCCUCUACAACCCCAUCUCCGGCUGCCACGUAAAGCUUCCCCCAAUUCCCAACCUGCCGGCUGCCUCCCGCUUCACCCCGAUGUGUGUGGAUAAGGUAAUCCUAUCAUGCUCCCUGGAUGACGAUGAACAAAAUUGCCGUGCCGUCAUGACUUACAAUUGCCCAGCUGCCAUGGCCUACUGCUGCCCUGGGUCCAGCAAGGAGUGGACCUGUAUUGUGGAUAACAAUGUGGAUUUACGGUACAAGAAUUGUGUAUAUUCCAAAGAACAUCAACUCUUGUUUGCCCUCUCCUGGUCUUAUGAGUUACUGUCUUGGGACCUUGGGGACCCUCUGUCCCCGAGUCUCGUUGACUGCCGGAAAAUUGAUUUUCCGGAGGAAAACAAGCUGUGGCGUCCCAAAGACCUGACGUGUGAGACCGUGGAGCAUCUGGUGGCUGCUGGGAAGGAUCUCCUAUUGGUGACUCAGUAUGUGCUGAUGAGCGUGCUCCCUGACGGUUUGUAUAUUGACGCGAACAACGAUCCCACAGGCUCUAUCUACGAACAAGGCCUUCCAUAUGUGACUAUUGAUUUUGAUGUUGAGAGAUAUGAUCCUGCGAAUGCGGGUGUUAAGUGUGUGGAGGAUUCGUUUAUGGGUGGGUGGGCUCUGUUUGUUGGGUACUACAGCGAUGCAGUUGCUUUGCCAGUGGCCCAUUACCCGGAGGUUCUCAAGCCUUGGUCCAUUUACUUCACUGAUGUUUUGGAUCCAUCAGAAGGCCGUGACGUUGGCAUUUUCAAUUAUCAAAACAAGACGGUGUCGCCGUGCUACUAUCCCUGUGAUGCUCAGAGCUUGAAAAAGAUUUCCCCGGCACCUAUGUGGUACUUCCCAAGUCACGGAUGA